ACGUAUGGCGUAGCAGCAGAAUUAAUGCGACGCUACGCGAAUCGGCUUACACAGCGGUUAUAGCGAGAAGAAAAUAAUUUAAUUAUUUCAAACAACUGAAGAAUAAUCCAGUUUAAUUGCCGUGAAAACUGCUGUUGAAAAUUUAUAUAAAAUGUCGGAUCAUCAGAAUUAUUGCGGUACGAGUGAUACUGAUAUUUCACAAAAUAUCGAAUUAAGUUUUUCCAAUGAAUCAGAAAAUCUGAUUUUUAACGAAAAAAGUGGUGAUGAGUUUCUAAUUGCUUUAUACAGAGAACGACCAUUUCUAUAUGACAAACAGAAUCAAAAUUUUAAGGAUACAUUAAUGAAACAAAAUGCUUGGAACGAAAUAUCUAAAACAAUGAUUGAAACAAAUUGUGGUGAUUUUUAUACACCAGAUUAUUGCCAAAAAAGAUGUACUUCAUUAAGAGAACAGUAUAAUCAUGAAAAAAAGAAAUGGAAAAUCAGUCUAAAAGUGGAAGUGCGGCUUCUAAUUGCCGUAAAUUUCCAUUUUAUUCUCAGUUAACUUUUUUGGACGACGUUAUCAAAAGACGAAGGUAGUUUUAUAUCUGUAAAUACAUUAAUGUAAUAUUAUAAGUA